AUGGCGACGGGCAUCUCGCAGGCCCUCAAAGAAGGUCUAACCAACAAUAGCACUGCUAGUGUGGAGACGCAGGAUGUGCCAAAGAAAGAGAAACUGGUGCUGAGAAAUCGCGCGGGCGAGAGUAGGAGUCCGUAUGUGCAGGGCCAUAAGAAUAAUCCGGUUGCGUGGCAGCUCUGGGGCGAGGAGGCUGUGGAGUUGGCGAGGAGGGAGAAUAGGUUGUUGUUUUUGAGUGUGGGGUAUAGUGCUUGUCAUUGGUGUCAUGUCAUGGAGCGGGAAUCUUUCGAAAAUGACGAAGUCGCUGCGAUACUCAACGAGGAAUUUAUACCGAUUAAAAUCGAUAGAGAAGAACGACCUGACAUCGAUCGAAUAUACAUGAAUUUUGUUCAAGCGACAACAGGAUCUGGAGGUUGGCCAUUAAAUGUUUUCGUCACUCCGGACCUUCAGCCUGUAUUUGGUGGCACUUAUUGGCCGGGACCAUCGAACAGUCUAACAACCUCAUUUGAGGAUCAGGUCAAUUUCUUAGGGAUCCUAGACAAACUUUCGACCGUCUGGAAAGAGCAGGAAGAUCGUUGUCGGCAGGACUCUUCACAAAUUUUACAGCAACUUAAAGAUUUCGCGCAAGAGGGUACAUUUGGUGAUAGAUUAGGCGAAGGUGGUGAUACUCUGGAUAUAGAACUGUUAGAGGAGGCAUAUCAACAUUUCAUCUCGACAUACGAUAGUCAAAAUGGAGGAUUUGGUUCGGCGCCAAAAUUUCCUACGCCAGUUAAACUAUCAUUUCUGCUUCGGCUAGGCCAAUAUCCACAGGUUGUGCUCGACGUUGUUGGGGACGCAGAAUGUCGGAAUGCAGAAAGUAUGGCCAUCACGACAUUACGAAAAAUGGCAAGAGGCGGAAUUCAUGAUCAUGUUGGACAUGGAUUUUCAAGAUACUCGGUGACUACGGACUGGUCCUUGCCACAUUUCGAAAAGAUGCUGUAUGAUAAUGCACAGCUUCUUCAUAUUUACCUAGACGCCUUUUUACUUUCACGCGAUCCGGAGUUACUGGGUGUUGUUUAUGAUAUCGGCACUUAUCUCACAAAGACACUUGCACGCCCGGAAGGAGGGUUUUACUCAAGUGAAGACGCGGACAGUUAUUACAAGAAAGGAGAUUCUGAGAAACGGGAAGGUGCGUUUUACGUUUGGACGAAACGAGAAUUUGAGAAUAUCCUCGGAAAAGAAGCGGAGCCAAUCCUGUCAGCAUUUUUCAAUGUCAGCAGUCAUGGAAAUGUAUCUGCGGAAAAUGACGCUCAUGAUGAGUUCAUCAAUCAGAAUGUGCUUGCAAUUGCGAGUACGCCGAGCACGCUCGCUAGCACUUUUGGGAUGAAAGAAGACGAAGUUGUCAAGAUUAUCAAAGACGGCAAAGCAGCAUUACUAGCGCAUAGAGAAAAAGAGCGUGUACGACCUGGAUUAGACGAUAAGGUGAUUGUAAGCUGGAAUGGCAUUGCCAUUGGAGCUCUAGCACGAACAGCCGCUGUCAUCAAAGGAUUUGAUCCCGAGAAGUCGGAAGAAUAUAUUGCGUCAGCACUCAAAGCAGCAACUUUCAUUAAAGAGAAGUUAUACGACGAGGAGGCUAGGAUCUUAUACCGGAUAUGGAGGGAAGGUAGAGGAGACACGCAAGGUUUUGCAGACGACUACGCUUUCUUAAUCGAGGGCCUCAUCGAUCUAUAUGAAUCCACUUUUGAUGAAUCUUGGCUCCACUGGGCUGAUGAUUUACAACAAACCCAACUUACACACUUCUACGAUACCACCGGCACUGGCGGAUUCUUCUCCACCUCCGCUAGCGCCCCUCACCUCAUACUUCGACUCAAAGACGGAAUGGACUCUUCGGAACCUUCUACAAAUGGUACCUCCGCUUCAAACCUCUUCCGUCUUUCCUCCCUCCUUAACGACGACUCCUACGCUAGUAAAGCAAAAGAAACAAUUCGGAGUUUUGAAUCUGAGAUGCUGCAAUACCCAUGGCUGUUCUCAAGUUUCAUGCCUGCGCUUGUGGCGGGGCAGCUUGGUGUUAAGGGUGUGGUUGUUGGAGGGGCUGGAGAGGUGGGGGCGGAGCGGAUUAGGAGUUUUGAGAGGAUGCCUAGAGGGGGUGUCAUGACUUUCGCGAGGGUGAGCGGGGAGGGGGGCUGGUUGAGGGAGCGGAAUGAGCUAUUGAGAUCUUUCGGAACGGAUGGGAGGGGUAGGGUGUUGGUUUGUGAGGAGGGUGUUUGUAGGGAGGAGGGGGUUGUUGAGGUUGAGACGGAAGGUGGUAAGGCGGGGGAUGUAAGCGGUGUUGUACCGAGUGUUGAAGAGGGUGGUGUCUCCGUGAAGGAAGAGGAUAGUGUUGUGGCGGGUAGUACGGAUACGACUGUCAAGUCGUAG